AUGCUCAAAAUGGAUCAAAGUGUUAUUAACGAAAAUUUCGAUUUAGUGAUUUUAAAUGAAUGCAGUCAUGUUACCAAUAUAUUAAUAGAUAAAGGGAUAAGUGAAACGGAAAUUGACCAGAAGGUCAAAAUGUUUAGGGAAAUGCUCAUGAACUCUUUCGGAAACGCGACCGGAAGUGAGAAAGAAGCGGCUCAAAACGACGGGACUUAUUUGGAGAGUGGGCGGGAGGAACGCGUCGAAUCCAAACAAAAACCAAAGAAAAAACAUUCCAAAAAGCUCCGCGAAAACAAACCUGUCAAUCAUUCCACUACGCCCACGCUCGAAAUAUCUAACCAUUUUGAUAACGCGCUAGAAGUCAUCAAAAAUGACGGCAAAGCCGUCAAGAAAUUCAAAGAAAUCCCCCUUAUCCAGUCUAAGAUGGAUGCCAUUCUCCCACCAAAUCAACUCACAAAGAACACUGCUAUUGAAAACAAAACAUCAAAAAAAAUCUUACAUUCUACGGCCCUUCAAAAUGGCCUUUCAAUUUCUACGGAAGAUUUGGGGCUAGUUGACCCCAGGUCUAGAAACGGGACCAAGAAAGGGUCACGAGAGAUCAGUACUACCACCGCGUUAGAUCAGAAAAUGGUAAUCAAACGCGAGAAGAAAACGCGCAAGCGCGCCUCCUCGACCGAGAUGAGUGAAGGUGCCGGUGUCGACGAUGUUGACAUUGACGUUGACACCCAGACAUUGCUCAAUGAUAAGGUAUCAUCAAACAAAGAUAGGAUCACCGAAAAACACGCUCAUAAAAGAAAAAAUUCCGCGAAGAACAAAGAGGCCUCUAAGAACGUCUCGCGUACCUCUGAGAUAAUAAAACCCGCUAAGGAUAAAGUAGUAAAAGUUCUGACAGAGCAACCCGCACCCCAAGCCCGUAAAUCUUCGUCCUCUAAGAUUCACUCCUCUUCAAAAAAUGGUGGUAGUCAACUCUCCGAAGGCAAGAAUAUGCGGAAGCCAAUCAAAUCUGUUUAUCCGGAUGAUAGGGAGGCUCUCCGAAAUUUUUUCGUAGAUCUGUUGAUGGAAGGGCAAGCCUCGCCCACGCGCUUAAGUCCCAGUGAAAACAGCGACGAUGCUUCCACCGAAUCCGAGUCGGAAGAAAAAUCUUCCAGCGACGAGGCGGCCGAAGAUGAUUCGGCGAAAGUUUCUUUACUCAAACAACUGAUGCUAUCCUUCGCCCAAUCCUCCUCCAAAAAAACUAAGAAACGCGAUAAAGAAAGCGGUAAAAAAUCUAAAGGGACAACCUCGGCGAUAACGUCCUCUCUGCCCGAAAGGCGAUCCAAACAUUCCAGGAAAAGACAAGAGCGACCUUCGGAUAUAGGAGCGGUCUUGAAGGCUUAUUUAAACGAUAUCCAAAAGGCGGCCGAAACGAAGGGCGGAAAGCCUAAAAGGGAUGAUCGCGACCAUAAAACUAGACGCGGAAAAAGUAAGAAAAUUGCCAUUUUUGACAACACAGGAAAACGAUCCCCAUGA